AUGUGGAUUACAGUAACUUAGCCUUUUAGCUAGCGACCAUUGUACGCAUGCAAACAUAACGGCGGUACAUGGUAACUAUUUGUCAAUACUUGCUAAAUUUAAAAAUUGAAAUCCAUAACAAUGCAACAAAAUUGUCUGUCGUUAGCGUUUGUCGAAGCGCUCUUGAGUCGCACACAGACUUUUAACUAAGGCUAACUAGGUAACGUUAGCCAGCUCACGUUAUUAAUGUUAACUUACCUGAGUGUGUAACUUGAGAUUCAUUUACUCUUUGGUAAAAGUCGAAGCAAGUAUAAUAUAAUAGUAAUCGUGACUACGAAGUAAAGUCUCAACUUGCCUUCGGCCACUUUAGUGCUGUUUUCUGAUAUUUACGUGAUUCUUCAAGCCUACAGUACGCUGGAUGCUGAUAUCCUGCUGAGGACGGCACAGUAGGUCCCGCUCGCAUCCUUGUCCCAUCUAAUGUGAACCUCUGCAGCCCGCCAGCACCCGUGGUUACCGAAACCAUGGCCGGCCAGACAGGACCGACCCCCUCUCUACGUUUCGGCCAGGUGGUCAUUGGACCCCCGGGUUCAGGUAAAACCACUUACUGCCAAGGAAUGCAAGAGUUCCUGACUCACCUGGGACGCAAGGUGGUUGUGGUGAACAUGGACCCUGCCAACGAAGGGCUACCAUAUUCUUGUGCGGUGGAUAUCUCAGAGCUGGUUACUCUGGACGACGUCAUGGAAGGCCUGAAGCUUGGGCCCAACGGCGGGCUCCUCUACUGUAUGGAGUAUGUUGAGGCAAACCUGGACUGGUUGGAGAACAAGCUGAAACAGUACAAUGACUGUUACUUCUUGUUCGACUGUCCUGGACAGGUCGAGCUCUACACCCACCAGAGCUCAGUAAAGAACAUAUUUUCAAAGCUGGCCAAGUGGAACUUCAGGCUGACGGCAGUGCACCUCGUGGACUCUCAUUAUUGUGCUGACCCAGCCAAGUUCAUCUCUGUGCUAUGUACCUCCCUGUCCACCAUGCUGCAUGUGGAGCUUCCCCAUGUCAAUGUCCUCUCCAAGAUGGACUUGAUUGAGCAGUAUGGCAAACUGGCCUUCAACCUUGAUUUCUACACAGAGGUCCUGGAUCUGACCUAUCUUCUCGAUCACCUUGCUUCAGAUCCUUUCUUUAAAAAAUUCCGCAAUCUAAAUGAAAAGUUGGCGGAGGUCAUACAAGAUUAUGGCCUUGUCUCCUUUGUGCCUCUCAAUGUACAGGACAAAGAGAGCAUGAUUCAGGUCUUACGAGCAGUGGACAAGGCCAAUGGCUACUGCUUUGGAGACCUGGAGGAGAGGAAUCUGCAGGCCAUGAUGUCAGCUGCUGUGGGGGCAGACUUCCAGUUUGACUCUACUCUUGGCGUGCAAGAGAGGUAUGUUGAAACCAGUGGAAAGACUGUGGAGGAGGAUAUGAUGGACCUGUAAAUUGAAAAUCCCAAUUAAAAGGACAAAACCGGUCGCCUUUUAGCAUCAGUGUACCAGGGGAGUCUUGGCAACAUCCAUCUCAGUUGGUCUGAAUACUGAGCCCCUUUCUACAAAAGCAGUGGGGAGACAGGAACUAAAUUUGGGUGCUGGAGACGCUUCAAGGUUGCACCACACCUCAGAAAAAUCACACAGGAGGACUGAAAGGGACUAAAUGCAUAACUUUGCUUUAGUUUUCAAUGAGAGAAGUGUGAUGAAUUGUUUUUCUCUACUGCUGUCUUUAUACACAACAAUAAAGGACAUUUUCAAUAGAUACCAGUACAUUUUGUUAAACAGUAUCACUUGUAAAGGCCUUAAUUUUUUUCCUCUUUUUUUGAGUAUGUUAGAUAUUUGAGGCCCUGAUAUUGUUGAGGAAUUACAGGUAAAUUUCCAAUGGUGAACAUCCAGUGGUGCAGGUCUACAUAAGUCAUAUUCACUCAGAAACAAUAAAGUGACUGCAAUAAAUGUUGACAUUGUUCUUUCUCUUCUCUAGGGUCAUGAAUUAACAGAAAAUAAAAGCUUCAUGUUGC